AUGGAGGCCAUUCGCGCCUCGUCCUCCCUCGCCGCCCGUCAUCCCCUCUGCUACACGCCGCGGCCGCUUCUGCCGUCGUCGCACCGCGUCGCGCCGAGCAGCCACGUCGCCUCCGCGCUGCCGCUCGCCUGCCAUCCGCACUCACGCGUCGCACCCACCCUCUCCGCCGCUGUCCGAGCGCAACGCCCGUCGCGAUGCCUCUCGUCUCUGGGCCGCGCCGAUCCACGUCCAGUCGCUCUGAUAGCCACCCCGGCCGGCUCCAGGCAGAGAGUGACAAUAGCGGGGGCCGUGGUGGCGGCGACGGCGGAGGCGGGGUCUGCUGAGAGCGAGGGCGACCGUGCGAUGGGUGCGCUGGUGGAGGCGGAGGGUGGCACCGCGCACGGGAGGGGGCGUAGCGAGAGCAGCGAGGGCAGCGACGGCUGGGAGGGCAGCGACGGCGGUGAGGGCAACGACGAGGGUGAGGGCGGGCUGUCGCGGAAGGAAUUGCGGAAGCGGCGGCAGGAGCGACGAUUGCGGCUGAUGGAGCCCGAGGCGGUGCAGCAGCGGAGGCGGCAGCAGGAGGAGCGCGUGAUGGCCGCCAUGGCACCGCUCAGGAAGCGCCCCGCCAACCCCGGCGGGCGCCGCAAGAAGCCGGCGCUGGAGGGAGGAGGUGACGCGGGGAAGGUGGAGGGGGCAGCUGGGGAGGCGGGAGGGGAGGAGAGAAAGGCGGAAGGAGUGGGUGGUGGUGCAGGCGAUGGGGGAGCUGAAGGGGGGGUGUUGGCAGGAGAGGUGGCAGUGGGUGGUGGAGAGGGGCAAGUGAUUGAGGCGAAGGGAAGCAUGGGCGAUGCAAUGGGGUCUGAGCAGCAGCAGGUGGAGGUGGGCGAUGCAGUGGAGGCGAUGAGGGUGCGCGGCGUGCAGUGGUGGAAGGUGGGCACGUUCCGCGGGGGCGAGUUCGAGGCGCAGCAGCAGAUCUCCGCCCUCGUGGCCCAAUACUGCCCGGGCGAGGCGUGUGAGAUAUUCGUGCCGGCCAUCCGCUCGCCACAGCACGCCAGCAUAAUGCGCCGGGCAGCGGCGGCCAUGGAGGAGGGCGGCCCCCCGCCACCCCCGGGGGCGGGCAUGCAGCGCAUCGAGCCGUGUGUGCUCUACGUGCGCUGCACCAUGUCCUCCGCGCUCUACAAGCAGGUGGUGGCUCUGGAGCGAGUGAGAGGCUUCGUAGGGGAGGUGGUGGGCAAGGGCAAGUACGGCAACAUGCUGCCGCGUGCCAUCCCGCUGGUGGAGCUGGCGGCCGUGGUGGAGCUCGUGAGGGGCAAGCAGGCCGAGGCUGACCGCCACGCACACGAGGCAGAGAGGCUCGCUGCUGCUGCACAGGCGGGGAAGAAGGGUGCAGGUGGGGCUGACACGCAGGAGGAGGAGGGGCAGUUGGAUGGUGAGGGCGAGGGGGGAGAAGCAGCGGGAGUGGUGAGCAAGGGGGCACGCAUGCGGUCGGCAGGUGUGGCGGGCGAGAUGGGAAGCCGUGCUACUCGUGGUGUUGCCGGUGCUGAUUAUGACGACGGUGAUGACGCCGAUGCUGCUGGUGCCUCUUUUAUCGCCGGCAGUGGUGGCGCUGCCUCUGGCGUGAGUUCACGGCAUGAUGACCCCAGGGCGAGCAGCAGCGGCCAUGGCAGAGGCAGAGGAAUGAGCAGUAAGGGCAGAGGCAGAUGGAGCAGAGGAGGAAGUUCAGGGAGGGAGAGCAGCGGGGAUGAGGGUUGGGGCAGCCAAGAGAGUGAGGAGGGGUGGACAUACAGUGGCAGUGGCAGUGGUGGUGGCCGUGGUGGUGGCAGUGGAAGUAGGGACACGUGGAGCAGGCGGGGGCAGAUGGAGGAGAGGCCUGCAGGGGGCGGGCAGGGCAGGGAGUCACGUGGUGGUGGCGGGAGGGGCGGGCGACAGACAUGGCGGCGAAGGGUGGAUGAGCGCGAGGAAGGGGAAGGGCGGGUGGGAGGGCCUUUUGAGGGGUUCAAGGACAGCAGCAGGUGA